UCUCUCUAUUCGACUCCAUCGAACGGCGCCACUAAGUUUCAGAUUCCUCGUCUAAGAGCAUGUGCUGGUCCUCUGGUAACACAACAGGCGUGUGCGGCGGACGUAAGGGAGAAUAUUGAAGGCCCGGCCAAGCAGAUUGGGGAGCUGGACGUUCUGGUUGAUGACCAGAGGACUGAAUGGGCAAGAAGAGAGCUGAGGAGAGUGGAUAUCUUCCGUGAUUCAUUUGUCAGACUCUCGAGCAGCAUUUCUAGCGUCGAAACAUGCAAUGGAUACACAAA